AUUCUAUAUGCAAAAUUGAGUAUUCGUAGAAAAACAUAAAUGGCACGCUUAGAAAUGCACAACUCCAUGAAUGGUGCUGCAAGAAUCUCAUUCUCUAACGAGUUUGUCGAGAUCAGAUCGGAGAAGAGUAAUGCUAAGAGCAACAACAUGAACUCAAGAAGCUCUUUCUCCAUGCCCUCUGCUGAUUUCGCUUUCUCGGUCACCGAUUACGCGAUGAUUCCCGCCGAUGAAAUCUUUCUCAAAGGAAAGAUUUUACCUUUGAAAGAGACCAGUCACGUCCAUAGGACCUUAGGAGAAGAGCUUCUUAUUGAAGAAGAGGGUUCUGUGGUCGAUGGCAAGAACUUCUCCCUCAGGCCAAUAUUGUUGUCUUCUUCAUCCUUUUCCACAAAGGGCUCGUGGAGAGAGCUAUUGGGCCUUAAGAGGACCCAUUGUAGAUCUAAGAAGACUGAUAAAGUCAAUGAGGAAGUGUUAAGUCAAGAUCACAAAAUAAUCUCAGGAAAUGUUGCGACAAGGGAGUGUCAAGUUGCAAAUACAAGAUGAACAAAUUGUAGAGCUCCCACUUUGGUUUCUAUAAAUUAAUUUAGAUUAUUUAUGAUAAUCUAGAUUGACUGUAUCUAAAUGCUCUUUGGACAAAGAUGGUUCCAACAACUCUUUUCGGCUCACAUGUUUUCUUGUUCUUGUAAGUUUUUGUUUUGUUUGUGGAAUCAAUAAUUUUGUGGAAC